AUGAGACGCCAGGAGUCGCCAAGUCACAGUGGCAGAAGAAUGCCAUUUUUGUUGGUUGUGACACUAUCGGGGUGGCUUGGAGUGAGGUUGGUCUUUGCCAAAGAUGCUGUGGCCACCAGUCCCGCUGCCUCUCUCUGGAACGGAUUCCAGACGGAACUGAUGGGGGAGGACGCAAUGUUGGUCGGCUCGUGGAGCACUGCGGAUCUCCAAGAGGAAGCGGCGGUCACCAGGACCCUGCUUUUUGAUACCGCACAUACAGACUCGCCUGUCGAAGGUGCAGACUCUACCGCCCCUAGAUUUGGUACAACAAUCUCUUCCACAAGAUCAGCAACUAGUUUCCUCCCCACCGAUGCCGUUCAGGACGGUGCAAUAACACCUUCACCACCCAAGGACAACGCGAGACGCCGAAGCCUCCCGAAGUCCGUGCGCACUACUGCCGUGCUCUUUGUUGCAACAUUGGGGCUACUCGCUUUCAAAUCUAUGGGUGCUUUGGGGCUUGGAGAGACAGAAGAGCACCACAGACGCGAGCAGCACCAGCACCAGCGAGCACAGAAGAGAGGCAGUAAGACUGUACUGGAGCAGCUGAAUGAGCUGGAUGAGCUGCAUCCGGUUGCAGCCUGGUUGGCGGAGCUCGUGGACUCUGAUGACUCUCGUUCCGCUCUUCUCAAAUUUCGCAGGAGUGUGGAGAGGGCCAAGCAGGCACAGGAAGAGUUAUCAGCAAGCUCGUUACGGUCUCGCGAUCUGCCUGAGGAUUUAGCGAAGGAGGCUUUGGACAGCGGGGUCGCUGAGCUAUCUACCCUGUUUGAGUUGGCACGGCAACAUGGACUUUCUCUGGCGCAGGAAACACGGGAAGUUCCUGCUCCUGCGGAAUUAUCAGAACAGGAGCUGAAUGCCCUAGGCCGUAUGGAUUUUAAUAUCACAUCAUCCAUCGCUUUUCACAUAGAGAAUCUAGACUUUUCUUGCCGAGCCUUUAAGAGGCACGCAGAACGGGCAGAGAAGGAGUUGAAGGCUCGACCAGCCUUCAAAGGAUUGGAGGAUCGGCUCUUGCUGAGUGCUGUUGCUGCAGACUUGGAGUUCAUUAAAGCAGCGUAUGAUGCUGUAGAGAUGGGUAAACGUUCUACUGUGGAGUUGGCAUCGACUGCCAGCAUAGUGAUGAUGUCUCAUGUCGUACGGGAGCAGAUGCGCACCUACAGGGAGUACAGAGAUACGCUUCAGGAGCGCCGUGCCCUGUGGCGAGCAGAAAAAGAGCGGCAGCAGUCUCUCCCCGUAGAGGAUAAUGCCGUCUUAAAAGAGCUUGAUGAGGUGGAUAUUGAGUUGGACAAAGGAGAACGGUUGCUGAAGAUGCACCGGUCGAAGAUUGAACAGCUUCAGAAGAGCAGGAACAUCCUACCUGCACAGGAGGUGGCGCAACAAGCUGUAGAGGUAGGACAGGAUUUGAAGACACUCCUGGAAUCAGUGGCCUUUCGUAUGCAUUCUAUGAUAGGGGUGGCGAAAGCAGAGGAAUUAGGAAAUGGAGGGGCGCAGAAAGCAAUGAAGGCAAUUGCCUCCAGGGCCAGCGAGGAGGCUGCAGCAGCGAGCAAGAGGGUGGCAGACAUCCUAGCAGAAGUAAAGUUGGCGGAGCGCUUCCUUUCUGCCUCGUCAGGGAUAGUACAGGUGAAUGAGCAGGGGGACACAAUGGCAAAGACAUUGGUUAACUCAACCCUGCUGAAGCUGCUGAAAGAUUCGUUGCAACAACUGGGCGAUAACGCCACGGCAGCUGCGAGCCUGCUUUUCAAUGUAGCAGCGAGUAAUUCAGCGGAAAUAGCGACUUCUGUUCAAAAGACAACAAUGGCUACAGAAGAGAUCUCCAGGGAGGCGGAGAUGUUGUGGUUGCAUGCACAGUUUUUGGAGUCUGUCGAACUCGACAUGCAACUGAGUGCCAGGCUAGCGCAGCGGGUGGCAGCACUUGCUGGAGCCCAAAGCAUUCCAGGGAAAACCUCGGUGGCACUCAAAUUUUCUCCAUCAAGAAAAAGGCAGUUUGAAUCCUUGUUUCAUCGUCUGACCCAGACCAAGGCAACAGCGAUGUCGCAGUGGAGCUUUGGGGAUCUGGCGGCAACAGCGGCAUCAAUGAAGGGGGCAGCCUUAGGUCUCGUAUUGAUGUUAGAGGGGCACCAACUGGACUCAAGCCUCUACUUUACACACUAG